UCUCCUGGCUGGUCGGAGCGCUAUGGCUCCACUUAGGGCUCCCGGAAGGUUUAAUCUCUUCGCCUCCUGCAUCCCGGGAUCAGACUCUCGGGAGGCCUCUCCUCAUAGCGCACGGACAGCAAAGGCCAUGCCUGGAGGAGGGGUCCAGGAGCACGAGGACGGGUGGGCAGCCGGACAAGUGAGGCGGGCAGACGCCCGGAACCGUUGUUCGCGGGUGUUUGUUUCCCGCCGGAGCGGAUUUCUGGGGCCGCGUCUGGCCGAGAUGGAGGCCGGAGUGGGAACCGUCUCCGGGCUCUCCGAGUCCAUCACCCCGCGCGGCGGACAUCCUGGGGCCGCCCCUCGAGCCGCUUCCCACCGCGCUCGGACCCGAGAGACCUUCGCACCGCGAGCCGGCGCCGAGAGGUAGGCGCUGAGCUCCGGGCAACCGGAGAGGCCCGAGCGGUGCGUCCGCUGGGUCACUCGCUUCGACUCGCGGGCGCGGGGUGGAGAGGCUUUGAACUGGUGAAUUCCGGAGAAAGAAGUUCAUCUACUCGCCCGUCUGUCCUCCCCUCAGCCUCCCAAAGUGUACCUUGACUCUGGAGGCCAUGGGCCCCUCCCUCCCUAGGGUGGUCCCCGCCCCUAAGCCGGCCCCCUCCUCUUCCUCCACCCCCGCUAUCCCCAUCCAGCGGCCUCAGCCCGCCUCUCAGGGACCGUCACCUGCUCACCGAGAGGAAUGGCGUUCCCUAUACGUGCACACGGAGGAGGCCCCCUGGCUGGAGCCCUCCCCGCGCCGCAAGGCUUCAGUUGUCCGCAGUGUUUUCAGGUCUUCAAGAGCUGCCCGCACCGCAGGAGCUACAGCAUCUCCCACUCAGAACUCCGGCCCUUCGUCUGUGGCAAGGCCUUCAAGCGCCCCGGGGAGGUAUCGCUUCGUAUGCCAGCUCCGGUUGGGUCGGGCUCACGCCUGCCCGCUGUGUUCUGGCGUUUUCAGGAUGCUGGGCAGCCCGCGCAGCACGUUCUGGACCACUUGGCCGGAAGGAAUUUCCCGGACCCUGGAGAGACUGCAGGGGCUCCAGAGAAUCUCUUGUUUCUGGUACAGAAGCUGCCGCUCCAGAUGCUGCUGCUGCCGCCGCGGCCACCCCAGCCUCGGUCCUCCUCUCCGGAGACCAUGGACCCGCCGCCCCCCAAGGCUCCCCCUUUCCCCAAGACGGAAGGCCCUUCCUCCACUCCUUCCUCGGCGGCGGGGCCCCGACCCCCGCGGCUGGGCCGCCACCUGCUCAUCGACGCCAACGGGGUCCCCUACACAUACACGGUGCAGUUGGAGGAGGAGCCCCGGGGCCCGCCACAGCGCGAGGCACCGCCGGGAGAGCCAGGCCCUCGCAAGGGCUACAGCUGCCCUGAGUGCGCCCGGGUCUUUGCCAGCCCUCUGCGGCUGCAGAGCCACCGCGUGUCGCACUCGGACCUCAAGCCCUUCACGUGCGGCGCCUGCGGCAAGGCCUUCAAGCGUUCCAGCCACCUGUCGCGGCACCGUGCCACGCACCGUGCUCGCGCCGGCCCACCGCACACCUGCCCGCUCUGCCCACGCCGCUUCCAGGACGCAGCGGAGCUGGCGCAGCACGUGCGCCUCCACUAAGUUCCAGACCCGGCCUGUGCUGCCCGGCCCCUCUCUGGGCCACCACGUCUGACCCACACAGCGUCACACCCACAACACAUUCCCUUACUCCGCUGAGGUUACUGCCUUAUCCUGGGCCUCAGUUUCCCCAACUAUCUAAAGGGAGAAACAUUCCUUCCCUCCCUCUCUAGCUGUGUGAUGUAGACCAAGUCGUUGCCCCUCCCAGUGCCUGGGAGCCAGUCGGAGCCCAGUUUCCGCCCAGCUGUGCUGUGUGAGCCUUUGCAAGCGGCGUAACCUCUCUGAACCCUGGUUGUCAGCUCCGAAGCGGUGAACGGUUGUCUGCGUGGAAGAUUUGACAAAAGAGCACGGGCACGGUCUGGCUUAUUUCUGUGUCGCCCCAUUUCCACCCACCACCCUCACCCUUUACUCAAUAAACAUUCCGC